AAUUUUGUUUUGUGCUAUCGUUGGUCGUUACAAAAAUAAUCAUAAAAGCCGGCCUAUUUUUUGCAAUUAUUCAAUAAACGUUUGCAGUUGAAACACACAAAAUAUCGCUAUGGCCAGGUGGAAAUUACUUCGUCAGGAUUAUGGGAAUGAAGAGUAUGAAUUUUUCGAGGGCAACGAAGUUUCUGUUGGAAGGGAUCCUAGCAAUACAAUCGCGCUCAAAAGUUUGGUCAUAUCUAGAAACCAUUGUUUAAUAAACUUUAAAAAAGACGAAGUUUUGAUAACUGAUUUAAAGAGUGCCAAUGGUGUGUAUGUGGGAAAACAUAAAAUAACUCCAAAUGUCCCGUUUUCUGUUAAUGAUUCUGAUAUAAUUGGCUUUGGUUGGACAUAUGGUGUGCAAGGAAAUAUUCAAGACAAUCAAAAGUAUAUGUAUAAACUCAUAAAAGAUAGAAAACUAGCUGAAAAAAUUAAGUUUGAAAAACUUGAUGAACUAGAAAUCAUUGAAGCUGAAAUAGAAAAUUUAAAAAAGGGCAAAAGUUCACACCAAAGAAGCAGGUCCCCAGUACUUGAAACAAGGCAACCUUUAAAGAGAAAAUUGCAACAUAAAUCUAAAGAUAACAAGGAAAAUAUCUCAUCAAAGACCAAUGAGACUAAAUGGUAUAGAGAAGAAGGUAGUAUUGUGGUCAUUUCAGAUUAUGAAGGUGAUGAGAAUAAAAAAGAAGUUGAAGGAGUUUGUGCGAAGAAAAUCAAAAGUGAGCCAGAUGUAGAUGAUAAUGCAUGCCUAUCAACUAAAAUUGAUAAUGAGAAGAAUGAAAAUUUUGGCUAUGAGGCCUUUGAUAUCAAACAAGAAUACUUGGGCUAUGAUGAUGAAGCAAUUGUAAUAGAGAGUGAUGAAGAUAGUGAAUCUGAGAAAUGGUUUAUGAGACUGUCGCAGAGUUCCCCUGGAAAACCUUUUGAAAAGAUCAAGGAGAGACUGAAAACUCCAAGGAAAGAUAGCUCAUACAGUCAGCUGGAAGAUUUCUUUUUUGAUGAUGAUGAUCCAGGUAAGAAACAAAGAAGUGAAAGUGAUGAAGAUGAAAUAAUGGAUGACUUAAUCACAAUACCACAAUCUCCACCUGAUGACAACAGGACAGAAGUAGAUAGCAGUCUAAAUCUCCUAACAGAGCAGGUUAGAAUCCCACUUGUUGAGGAUAGAACUGAUUUAGGAAAAGAUUCAGUCCCUACAGAUAUUCGAGCUGAGGCAGUUUCUGCUGCACUUUCAACUAAUGAUGUGAAAAAAAUUCAAAUUAUUGAACCGCUUGAACAACAAGGCAGGAGAAAAACACAUACUGGGGCAGAAAGUAAAACUAAAACAUCAUUGAAAUCUACUCAUCAUUCAAGGAGUAAAAAGUCUUCAAAGAGGAGCUCAUCUACCAGAAGAAGCAUAUCUAACUCACAGAAAGAGGAAAGAAAAAAGAGGCUCAAAGACUUGGCAAACAAAGGAAAAGAUGAAACUAAAUCUGACAAAAACAAAGACAAUGCCAACAAACCAAUUAUAAAUGUUAAAGUAACUUCAUCAAAUAGAGGUGCUUUCUUGACUAAUGAAGAUAUUUCUGUUAUGCCAGUGGCUAAGAAGGACACAUCAACCAAACAUAAACAUCAUGCAGAAAGUCACAGUCAUGAAGCACAAAGAAAAGAUGAAUCCUCUAAAGUGAACAAAUUAAAGAAAAAUGAACUUCCUAAAUCAAAAUCAAGUCCUCACAGUGUAUCGUCGCCUCGAAAUGAAACACAACAAGAUCAAAGAAAAUCACAGUCAGCUACAAAAAAUGAAAAAUUAGGAAAAGCCUAUGAGCAGUCUAAAAAACCAGUAUCUGUUGUUGAACCCUCACCAAGGGAGCCCAUGAAGAAGAAAGUAAGAUUCUCAGAUACAUUACAUACAAUUCAUGAGUUUGAAAUUGAACCCGGGAAUAGAAUGAAGAAAACGAGCUCUGCUAAGACUGCUCUCUUGGACAGAGUACCCAAAAUGCCUGUGUACUCUUUAAAAAAUGUUAUCCUAAUGAAAAUUCUUCGGUGGAACUCUCAAUGGCUGAGUGAGCAAGCCAACAUAGUGGAACCUCCGCCUAUUCUGGGUCACAGCAAUCUGCCUCUGGCCCUCUUCCAUUCCUUUGAAAGUCAUGAACAAUAUGUUGGUAUGGUUGGAGAUUUACUCUUGAUGGAAAUUUGGGAGUGUCUGUCUCAGGCUUACUUGAAGGAACGGGACAACAACAACACCAUACCGUUCCAGAUCGAGUCUCUUCCACCAGUGCCCCCACAGGAGCGAUAUUUUGAACUAAUUAAUAUUAAUGUAAAUGUUUCAUUCCCUUCGUCAAAUACAAAGCUAUUGCCAAGAGUUGGAGAGAUACUGACUAUAGAGUUUGGUCCGGAAAAUAACAAAACAUGUAGGUUUUUCUAUGUACACAAUAUAAGGACGCUCCCGUCGCCCCCAAACAACAAAUUCUCCUACUUCAGUAUAUCCCUGCACGGUAUAUUUACGGAGAAAAUGAAAUUCUUAAGGACCGGAGAGCUAAUGAAGGGGAAGAAAUUGGCGUACAUUAAUAAGGAGCUGUCUCUAUUUGAAGCUAUGGAAAACCUAGCGAGGUCCGACUUGUGUGAAGCUAUACUGAAGCCCGAACCGUAUCACUUCCCAUCCAUACCUAACAAUCCGUCACCUGAAAUUUUAAAUGAGUCUAAAUGGACUAUGAACCUGAAUCCCAGUCAGAAGUUGGCGGUGUGGUCGUCGGUGAGUGCCGCGCUCGGCCACAAACCGAGCAUACAGAUGGUGCAAGGCCCGCCGGGAACAGGCAAGUCGAGCGUGAUAUGCGCGAUGGUGAUGUCGUAUAUGUACGGGGCGUCUGGCGCACGGCUCGCCAACCGGGGCAAGAUCCUAAUCUGUGCCACUAGCAACGCCGCCGUCGACGAGCUCGUUAUACGCCUUCUUAAUAUUAGGAAAGAUCUCACGGACAGGUUCCGCCUGGUGCGCGUGGGGCGGUGGGAGGCGAUGAACGCGCGCGCGCGCACCGUCAGCUCGCAGGAGCUGGCGCAGCGCGACGCAAGAGCGCACGCCCCCACACACAGCGCCGCGCUUGACACUGAGAUCGCGUACCAGAUCGCCAAGAUCAACAUGUGGAACACCAACCUGCGGGAGGCGAAGGACCCCGAGCGCGUCGCCUACUGCCAGGGGAAAGUGACUCAUUACACCACCAGACUGACUAUGCUGCAGUCGGGGGGCGGUGGUGGCGUGUCGGGGGCGGAGCCGCGCCGCGACCAGCUGCAGCAGUCCGAGCGCCGCAUCAUUGAGUGCGCGGACGUCGUCGUCACCACACUAUCUAGCGCCAUCUCGCCCAAGAUGAAAGGUAUCAAGGAGCGUGUGGCGUUAUGUAUCGUGGACGAGGCGGGUCAGGCGAUCGAGCCCGAGGCGCUCGUGCCACUGACACUGGGAGUAGCGAGACUCACGCUCGUCGGCGACCCGCAGCAGCUGCCCGGAUACAUAUGCUCGCAGCGAGCGAAGAAACACGGCCUCGGCGAGAGUCUCUUCUCGCGGCUGUCGUCAGUGGCGGAGCUGUGGGAGCGGAGCCCCGUGGUGUUACUGGACCGACAGUACCGCAUGCACCCCGCCAUAGCCGACUACCCCAACCGCGCGUUCUACGGCGGCCGCAUACAGACCCCGCCCCGCGGUCCGCCCGCCGACCUCCCGGUGCCGCCCUACUGUGUCGUUGAUGUCGCCAGCGGGGAUAGGGGACAAGCGGCAUCUGGCGCUAACGAGACGGAGGCGUGGGGCGUGGCGCGCGUGGCGAGCGCGCUGGCGGUGGCGGUGCGUGCGCGCAGGCUCAGCGUCGCCGUCAUCACGCCGUACGCCGCGCAGCGGGAUAUGCUGCUGCGGUGUCUCAGAGAUCUGAACGACGGGAGACCAGUCGACAUCGAGGUGAACACGGUGGACAGUUUCCAAGGUCAGGAGCGCGACGUGGUGCUGGUAUCGCUGGCUCGCUCGCAAGGCGCGGGUUUCAUCGCCGACGCCGGCCGCAUGUGCGUGAUGCUGACGCGCGCUAAACACGCGCUGAUCGUGUGUCUCAACCCUAUGGCGCUAGUGAGAAAUCAGCAAUGGCGAACACUGAUUGAAGAUGCACAAAGACGAAAAGUAUUCACUUGUCUUCCAAAAAGAAUUACCGCGUCGGCGGAAAGUAUCCCUAACGAACAAAUACUAGAAUGUAUAACAAAGUUAAAACCAAAAUCAUUACAUACUUUAGACCAGUAGUCAGUCAGUAUUCAGUAUUUUUAUUAAUAUUGAAGAAUGUUAAAAUUUUGUUAUGUUAAAUUCGUUUUGUAAUUUAUAAGUUUAACAGAUCUUGACUGUGUUGUCUGUUGUAUUGCUUUACAUUAUCUAAAUGAAGCGUCGAAUCACUCGGAAACUUAAUUUUUCCAUUUGUAAAUAAUCAUAUUAUAUGAAAGUAAUAAGGGAUCACUAGGAAAUUUUAAACAUUAUUAUUAUGCACCCCCAGCGCGUACGAUCGAUUGAUCUUCGUCGUCCGCUUUUUGGAUCAUCAUAAUUAUAGACUGCUAGUAGAUAUUAUGCAAAUAGAGGUAUUCCACAAAAAUUA